AUGUGGCAUGGAUUAAGUGGUACUAAACUGCUUCUGUUUCUGUCUGUCAGACACUUUAACCUGAGGAUGAAGAGAGACACCAGUCUGUUUGCUGAGGACCUGAAAGUGGACGUGGGAGGGCAGGAGGUGAACUAUGACACCUCCCACAUCUACACCGGAGAAAUAUAUGGUGAGGACCUGAUGUUUCCACUGUGCCUUCACAAGGUUUUCACACCCCUUGAAUUUAUCCACAUUUUAUUGUUACAGCCUGAAUUUUUUUAAUUGAUUACUUUUUAGAUUUUUUUUUGUCACUGGCCUAUACACAAUACCCCAUAAUGUCAAAGUGGAAUUAUGUUUUUUUUUUUUUUUAGAAUCUUUUACAAAUUAAUACAAAAUGAAAAGGUGAAAUGCCUUGAGUCAAUUCAACCACUUUGUUAUGGCAAGCCUAAAUAAGGUCAGGAGUGAAACAUUUGCUUAAUGAGUUGGAUGGACUCGCUCUAUGUGCAACAAUAGUGUUUAACAUGCUUUUUGAAUGACUACCUCAUCUCUGUACCCCUCACAUACAAUUAUAUCUGUAAGGUACUUCAGUCGAGCAGUGAAUUUUAAACACAGAUUUGUAUAUUGGUAAAAAAAAAAAAAAAAAAAAGCAGACAUUGAAUAUCCCUUUGAGCAUGGUGAAGUUAUUAAUUACACUUUGGAUGGUGUAUCAAUACACCCAGUUACUACAAAGAUACAGGAGUCCUUCCUAACUCAGUUGCAGGAGAGGAAGGAAACCGCUCGGAUUUCACCAUAAGGCCGAUGGUGACUUUAAAACCGUUUAGAUUUGAAUGGCUGUGAUAGGUGAAAACUGAGGAUGGAUCAACAACAUUGUAGUUACUCCACAAUACUAACCUAAUUGACAGAGUGAAAAGAAGGAAGCCUGUAUAGAAUAUAAAUAUUCCAAAACAUGCAUCCUGUUAGCAACAAGGCACUAAAGUAAUACUGCAGAAAAUAUUUGCAAAGCAAUUAACUUUUUUGUCCUGAAUACAAAGUCUUAUGUUUGGGGCAAAUACAGCACAUUACUGAGUACCACUCUCCAUAUUUUCAAGCAUAGUGGUGGCUGCAUCAUGUUAUGGGUAUGCUUGUAAUCAUUAAGGACUGGGGAGUUUUUCAGGAUAAAAAAUAAACGGAAUGGAGCUAAGCACAGGCAAAAUCCUAGAGGAAAACCUGGUUAAGUCUGCUUUCCAUCAGACACUGGGAGAUGAAUUCACCUUUCAGCAGGACAAUAACAUAAAACACAUCUACACUGGAGAAGUAAUACACGUAGUACACAAGUAGUACACUGGAGUUGCUUACCAAGAAGAAUGUUCCUGAGUGGCUGAGUCAGUUGUGACUUAAACUCUGCUUGAAAAUCCAUGGCAAGACUUGAAAAUGGUUGUCUAGCAAUGAUCAACAACCAAUUUGGCAGAGCUUGAGGAAUUUUGGAAAGAAUAAUGGGCAAAUAUUGUACAGUCCAGGUGUGCUAAGCUCUUAAGAGGCUUACCCAGAAAGACCCGUAGCUGUAAUCACUGCCAAAGGUGACUCUAACAUGAACUGACUCAGGGGUGUGAAUACGUAUGUAAAUGAGAUAUUUAUGCAUUUCAUUUUCAAUGCAUUUGCUAAAAAUAUCUAAAAACAUGUUUUCACUUUGCCAUUAUGGGGUGUUGGUGUGUAGAUGGGUGAAUUUAUUAUAUAUUUUUUUCUCCAUUUUGAAUUCAGGCUGUAACACAACAAAAAGUAGAAUAAGUCGAGGGGUGUGAAUACUUCAUGAAGGCUCUGUGUUGUGUGUGUGUGUGUGUGUGUGUGUGUGUGUGUGUCCAUUCUAUGAGUUCUAUAUACAGGCCUGUUCAGCUGGAUGUGUUGUGUUAGCUGUGUGUUGCAAUCAACUUGUAUAUUGUGCAAGAGAAAUUCCUCCCCGGAGGACACGGUUCCAUGCAUCUAUCUAAACCAAGAGAAAUUCCUCCCCGGAGGACACAGUUCCAUGCAUCUAUCUAAACCAAGAGAAAUCCCUCCCCGGAGAACACGGUUCCAUGCAUCUAUCUAAACCAAGAGAAAUCCCUCCCCGGAGAACACGGUUCCAUGCAUCUAUCUAAACCAAGAGAAAUCCCUCCCCGGAGAACACAGUUCCAUGCAUCUAUCUAAACCAAGAGAAAUCCCUCCCCGGAGGACACAGUUCCAUGCAUCUAUCUAAACCAAGAGAAAUCCCUCCCCGGAGGACACAGUUCCAUGCAUCUAUCUAAACCAAGAGAAAUCCCUUCCCGGAGGACACGGUUCCAUGCAUCUAUCUAAACCAAGAGAAAUCCCUCCCCGGAGGACACGGUUCCAUGCAUCUAUCUAAACCAAGAGAAAUCCCUCCCCGGAGAACACGGUUCCAUGCAUCUAUCUAAACCAAGAGAAAUCCCUCCCCGGAGGACACAGUUCCAUGCAUCUAUCUAAACCAAGAGAAAUCCCUCCCCGGAGGACACAGUUCCAUGCAUCUAUCUAAACCAAGAGAAAUCCCUUCCCGGAGGACACGGUUCCAUGCAUCUAUCUAAACCAAGAGAAAUCCCUCCCCGGAGGACACGGUUCCAUGCAUCUAUCUAAACCAAGAGAAAUCCCUUCCCGGAGAACACGGUUCCAUGCAUCUAUCUAAACCAAGAGAAAUCCCUUCCCGGAGAACACGGUUCCAUGCAUCUAUCUAAACCAAGAGAAAUCCCUCCCCGGAGAACACGGUUCCAUGCAUCUAUCUAAACCAAGAGAAAUCCCUCCCCGGAGGACACAGUUCCAUGCAUCUAUCUAAACCAAGAGAAAUCCCUCCCCGGAGAACACGGUUCCAUGCAUCUAUCUAAACCAAGAGAAAUCCCUCCCCGGAGGACACGGUUCCAUGCAUCUAUCUAAACCAAGAGAAGAUUGCCUGAGUGAGGUUGCGGUAGUUUUGGAAAAAUAACUUAUUGGCCAAGUCCAGGUAGUCUAUCCGUUCCUCCCUUCCCUGUUUCAGUCCAGUUUCUUCCAUUUGGGUCUCUAACGGGUUGGAACCUAAAUUAUUAUCAAUUAUUUAGUUCUGAACAGAUUAUUAUUAUUAUUAUUAUUAUUAUUUUUUUUUUUUUUAAUGUUCUGACCAGCAAAAUAAAGUUCUGAACAGUUUUCUAACCCAAAAAAACAACUGUUUAUAUUAUAAAUGUGUGUAUUUACAUUUACAUUUUAGUAAUUUAGCAGACGCUCUUAUUCAGAGCUACUUACAGUUAGUGAGUGCAUACAUUUCUAUAUUGUUUAUUUCUGUUCCUUUUUAAACCUCUGAAAUCAAAUUAAAUGACUUCACCGAUCAGUGCGGAUAGAGAAGCUUGCUAUGGAGCGGGCAAGCUAAUUACAUGCAUUGGACAGACAAGCGUAGGGCACGAGAUGCGACUGAAAUUUUGCGGGUGUGGAGAGAGGGUGGAGGAGGCUUGGCUUGAAGCGCUGGGCAUCUUGUCGUUACGACAUGCAUUAUCUGAAUUAGGACCCACAGAAUUAUACCUACGGAGAAGCGGCUUCUAUGAAGGAACUUUGAAUGUCUUUGAACUUCAGAGACAUUCGAAGAGCACUGACCGUUAAUGUUGGUCCAGAGCUAGCAUGCUAGCUAACAAGCUUGUGUGUGCAGAUUGGCACCAGAAUUAAAAUAAAAACACAUCUCACCUUUUUUGUAGUUAAUAAAUCCAAUGUGAAACGUGAUAACUAUAAUAUCCUUAACUAGCAUUGAAAAGGUUAAUCCAUUCAUCUCUAAUUUAAAAAUGUCUCCCUAAUUUCUUAAUCAUGCUUGUAAUGUCAAUAGGCUACUUACAGGAGCAAUUAGGGUUAAGCGCCUUGCUCAAGGGCACAUCGACAGAUUUUUCACCUAGUCGGCUCGGGGAUUAGAACCAGCGACCUUUCGGUUACUGUCACAACGCUCUUAACCACUAAGUUACUUGCCGCUUAGUAGUUAGAAGCUACUAGAGUAUGCUUCAGAGGGGAGGGGCAGGUAGCCUACAUGCACACAUGUUGGUAAAGAUGCUCAGCUGGCAGACAGACACUGGAAUACGUUUCUGUUGGUAAAGAUGCUCAGCUGGCAGACAGACACUGGAAUACGUUUCUGUUGGUAAAGAUGCUCAGCUGGCAGACAGACACUGGAAUACGUUUCUGUUGGUAAAGAUGCUCAGCUGGCAGACAGACACUGGAAUACGUUUCUGUUGGUAAAGAUGCUCAGCUGGCAGACAGACACUGGAAUACGUUUCUGUUGGUAAAGAUGCUCAGCUGGCAGACAGACACUGGAAUACGUUUCUGUUGGUAAAGAUGCUCAGCUGGCAGACAGACACUGGAAUACGUUUCUGUUGGUAGAGAUGCUCAGCUGGCAGACAGACACUGGAAUACGUUUCUGUUGGUAAAGAUGCUCAGCUGGCAGACAGACACUGGAAUACGUUUCUGUUGGUAAAGAUGCUCAGCUGGCAGACAGACACUGGAAUACGUUUCUGGGUGACUGAGUGAGGGCGCUUUGCAUAGGCGCUUUGUGUUUUUUUUGUGUGGACUGAGGAAAAUACCCGGAAUGUAAAAUAACAUUUAGUAACCGGUUCCCAUGCUUUUUAAAAUAACGGUUCUGUUCCGGAACAGUAUGGAUCACUUACGUUUCUGGUUCUGAUUCUGUUCCUCAAAAUUUUGUUGUUGUUUCCGUCUUCCUCAUCCACCCUCUCUCUCUCCGUAGGUGAGAAAGGUACCUUGAGCCAUGGGUCUGUGGUGGAUGGGUUGUUUGAGGGCUUCAUCCAGACGUACCAGGGGACUUUCUACGUCGAGCCAGCUGAGAGAUACCUGAAGGACCGGGACGUUCCCUUCCACUCAGUUAUCUACCACGAGGAUGACAUCAGUAAGUACUCUAGUAUGUGUGUGUACUGGAGUAUACAGCUCCUUUCACUAUACAAACACACACUUUUGAUGUACCCUCUUGUCAUCUUUUAAUUGUGUGUGUGUGAGCGCCUGUUCAUAUUCCAUCUGGAGAAUCGAGAUAGGCUCAGUGCUGCCCCCUAGGGAGAGGAGAGAUCAAUUAGCUGAGUGACUGGGAAUCAUUCUCUCAGACACCACAGCUCAAUAAAACAACCUGAGAUGCUGCUGUGGUGUGCCUUUUUAUGUUAACUGAUAUAAAGGUACGUGUCCUCCCAAUAGUCAUCUGUACUGUAGACUAAUCACACUGCACACUGCCCUAUCCCAUCUGGACAAGAGGAAUACCUAUGGAAGAAUGCUGUUCAUUGACUAUAGCUCAGCCUUCAACACCAUAGUACCCUCCAAGCUCAUCAUUAAAGCUCGGGGGCCCUGGGUCUGAACCCCGCCCUGUGCAACUGGGUCCUGGACUUCCUGACGGGCCGCCCCCAGGUGGUGAAGGUAGGAAACAACAUCUCCACUUCACUGAUCCUCAACACUGGGGCCCCACAAGGGUGCGUGCUCAGCCCCCUCCUGUACUCCCUGUUCACCCAUGACCGCAUGGCCAAGCACGCCUCGAACUCAAUCAUCAAGUUUGCAGACGACACAACAGUAGUAGGCUUGAUUACCAACACUGACGAGACCGCCUACAGGGAGGAGGUGAGGGCUCUGGGAGUGUGGUGCCAGGAAAAUAACCUCUCACUCAACAUCAACAAAACAAAGGAGAUGAUCGUGGACUUCAGGAAACAGCAGAGGGUGUACCCCCCCUAUCCACAUCGACGGGACCGCAGUGGAGAAGGUGGAAAGCUUCAAGUUCCUUGGCAUACACAUCACCGACAAACUGAAAUGGUCCACUCACGCAGACAGUGUGGUGAAAAAGGCGCAACAGAGCCUCUUCAACCUCAGGAGGCUGAAGAAAUUCGGCUUAGCUCCUAAAACCCUCACAAACUUUUACAGAUGCACAAUUGAGAGCAUCCUGUUGGGCUGUAUCACCGCCUGGUACGGCAACUGCACCGCCCACAACCGCAGGGCUCUCCAGAGGGUGAUGCGGUCUGCCGAACAUAUCACCGGGGGCAAACUACCCGCCCUCCAAGACACAUACAGCACCUGAUGUCACAGGAAGGCCAAAAAUAUCAUCAAGGACAUUAACCACCCGAGCCACUGCCUGUUCACCUCGCUAUCAUCCAGAAGGCGAGGUCAGUACAGGUGCAUCAAAGCUGGGACCGAGAGAAUGAAAAACCGCUUCUAUCUCAAGGCCAUCAGACUGUUAAAUAGCCAUCACUAGCACAUUAGAGGCUGCUGCUGCCUAUUGAAAUCACUGGCCACUUUAAGAAAUGGAACACUAGUCACUUUAAUAAUGUUUACAUAUCUUGCACUAUUCAUCUCAUAUGUAUAUACUGCAUUCUAUUCUAUAAUAUUCUACUGUAUCUUAGUCCAUGCCGCUCUGUCAUUGCUUGUCCAUAUAUGUAUAUAUUCUUAAAUCCCAUUCCUUACUAGUUUUGUGUGUAUUGGGUAUAUGUUGUGAAAUUGUUAGAUAUUUUACUGCACUGUCGGAACUAGAAGCACAAGCAUUUCGCUACACCCGCUAUAACAUCUGCUAAACACGCGUAUGUGACAAAUAACAUUUUGAUUUGAUGUUAACUGAUAUAAAGGUACGUGUCCUCUAAUAGUCAUCUGUACUGUAGACUAAUCAGUCAUCUGUAGGGUACUAUUUAAUGAAGCUGCCAGUUGAGGACCUGUGAGGCGUCUGUUUCUCAAACUAGACAGUCUAAUGUAUUUGUCCUCUUGCUCAGUUGUGCACCGGGGCCUCCCACUCCUCUUUCUAUUCUGGUUAGAGCCAGUUUGCGCUGUUCUGUGAAGGGAGUAGUACACAGCGUUGUACGAGAUCUUCAGUUUCUUGGCAAUUUCUCGCAUGGAAUAGCCUUCAUUUCUCAGAACAAGAAAGACUGACGAGUUUCAGAAGAAAGUUAGUUGUUUCCGGCCAUUUUGAGCCUGUAAUCGAACCCACAAUUGCUGAUGUUCCAAAUACUCAACUAGUCUCAAGAAGGCCAGUUUUAUUGCUUCUUUAAUCAGCACAACCAUUUCCAGCUGUGCUAACAUAAUUGCAAAAUAGUUUUCUAAUGAUCAAUUAGCCUUUUAAAAUAAAACUUGGAUUAGCAAACACAACGUGCCAUUGGAACACAGGACUGAUGGUUGCUGAUAAUGGGCCUCUGUACGCCUAUGUAGAUAUUCCAUUAAAAAUCAGCAGUUUCCAGCUACAUUAGCCAUUUACAACAUUAACAAUGUCUACACUGUAUUUCUGAUUAAUUUGAUGUUAUUUUAAUGGACCAGAAAAUUGCUUUUCUUUCGAAAACAAGGACAUUUCUAAGUGACUCCAAACUUUUGAACGGUAGUGUACCUCUCUGGUUACAUUCAAGAGUAGCUCUCUGGUUACAUUCAAGAGUAGCUCUCUGGUUACAUUCAAGAGUAGCUCUCUGGUUACAUUCAAGAGUAGCUCUCUGGUUACAUUCAAGAGUAGCUCUCUGGUUACAUUCAAGAGUAGCUGAUGAAGUGGCAGGUCGUGAAGGUGGCAAAUGUUACUUCAGGUAAUCUAAACAAACAUGUCUGUCUCUCUCCCCUAGACUACCCUCACAAGUACGGCUCGGAGGGGGGCUGUGCCGACCGCUCAGUGUUUGAGAGGAUGAGGAAGUACCAGGCCACCGCCAUGGAGGAGCCAAACAAGGUGAGUUAACAGACUGGGGGGGUGUCCCAAAUGACACCAUAAUUCCCUAUAUAGUGCACUACUUUGGAUCAGGAACCCUAUGGGAUCUGGUCAAAAGUAGUGCACUACUGUACAUACAUUGAGUGUACAAAACAUUAGGAACACCUCUUUCUGUGACAGACUGACCAGGUGACAUCUAUGAAAGCUUGAUGUCACUUGUUAAAUCCACUUCAAAUCAGUGUAGAUGAAGGGGAGGAGACGGGUUAAAGAAGGAUUUUUUAAGCCUUGAGACAAUUGAGACAUGGAUUGUGUAUGUGUGCCAUUCAGAGAGAGGGUGAAUGGGCAAGACAAAAUAUGUAAGUGCCUUUGAACGGGGUAUGGUAGUAGGAGCCAGGCGCACCGGUUUGUGUCAAGAACUCCCAACGCUGGCGGGUUUUUCACACUCAACAGUUUUACUGUGGGAGGCAUUGGAGUCAACAUGGGCCAGCAUCCCUGUGGAAUGCUUUCGAUACCUUGUAGAGUCCAUGCCCCGACAAAUUGAGGCUGUUCUGAAGGUAAAAGGGGUGCAACUCAAUAUUAGGAAGUUAUUCCUAAUGUUUGUUAUACUCUGUGUGUAUUUAACUAUGUGAUGAUACUCCAUGUAAGUAUUUUUAACUGGAGUGGAUACUAACAUACUGCAUCUUGCAUCAAAUCCUCGACUCAACGUCUCAUCAGUGCUUCAGCCAAAAAUAUUUGUAUAAUACUAUGAAACUAUAAGAUUAGGGCUUUAUUUUCCUCAUGGGGAGAUGUUGGUACAAUACAGUCUAAAAUAAUAGUCUUUAAUCCCCCGUUCCAACCCUCUUCUCCUCCUCCUCCUCCCCUCUUCCUCUCCAACCCUCCUCCCAGGAGCUCCAUUCUGAGGAGGCGUCCAGUGACCCGGUGUUGCUGAGGAAGAGGAGGAUGACUCAGAUAGAGAAGAACACCUGUCAGCUCUUCAUCCAGACAGACCACCUCUUCUUCAAGUACUAUAAGACCAGGCAGGCUGUUAUCGCACAGGUACUGGACGAUACACAACACGGGUGUGUGUGUGUGUGUGUGUGUGUGUGUGUGUGUGAUACUGGGUUCUUUGGGGAUGGGGAAACAUGUCAACAAUGUUUAGAACUGUGUGUCAAGAUGAUGAAAAUAAUAUUCAUAUAAUAUGCCAUUUAGCAGACGCUUUUAUCCAAAGCGACUUACAGUCAUGUGUGCAUACAUUUUUUGUGUAUGGGUGGUCCCGGGGAUCGAACCCACUACCUUGGCGUUACAAGAUGCUUUCAGAAGCUGCAGUUUUUGCCAUUCCGGAAUAAUGACUUGAAUACUGAUGCUUCUUGUUGUGUUGUUCCAGAUCUCAAGCCACAUCAAGGCUAUUGAUGCCAUCUACCAGGGAACAGACUUCAUGGGAAUCCGUAACAUCAGCUUCAUGGUGAAGAGAAUACGGGUGAGUCCCUAGACAGUGGUUUUCUACCUGGCAUCAUUCAAUUCAAUCAAUAAAUAUGUAUUUGUAAAGCCCUUUUUUCAUCAACAGUUGUCACAAACUGUUUCACAUUUUACCAAUUUAAAAGUUCUCCCUUCAGCCUCCUCUGAGUCUCCUCUUUAAACUUAAGUGGCAUUUUAGAUCAGUCAUCACUAUAACUUCCGGUUACCACUUCCGGUUGUCUGUCGUGAUGUCACUUCCCGUUUUAACAUAUCCUGUGUUAUGUCUUAACAUGUGGCCACUCCCUGCUCCAGAUCAACACCACUACAGAUGAGCGGGACCGGUCCAACCCGUUCCGCUUCGCUAACAUCGGCGUGGAGAAGUUCCUGGAGCUGAAUUCUGAGCAGAACCAUGACGACUACUGUCUGGCGUACGUCUUCACUGACAGGGACUUUGAUGACGGUGUCCUGGGUCUGGCCUGGGUCGGCGCUCCUGCAGGUACCGACGGACUAACUUCUUUUUUUUUUUUUUUUUUAAUAGAAAUUAGACACUGACACACAACUACUGGUCCUGUCUGGCUCAGUUGGUAAUACCAUGGCGCUGCAAUGCCAAGGUCAUGGGUUAAAUUCCCGCUGGGAUCAUACACCCCUCCAAAAUAUUUUUGUUGUAUUAUGGAUCUUGGUGGGAUGGACUGACCCUCACUAAUACAUUUCAUUUACAUUUAGUCUUACAGACGCUCUUGAUCCAGAGACGACUUACAGUUAGUGAAUAAAAUUUUUUAUACUGGCCCCCCGUGGGAAUCGAACCCACAACCUGGCGUUGCAAACGCCAUGCUCUAUCAACUGAGCUACAUCCCUGCCGCAUCCCUCCCUACCCUGGACGACGCGGGCCAAUUGUGCGCCGCCUAUGAGUCUCCGGUCGCGGCCGGCUGCGACAGAGCUGGAUUCGAACAGGAUCUCUAGUGGCACAGUUAGCACUGCGAUGCAGUCCUUAGACACUGCGCCACUCAGGAGACCACCUGUCUGUGUGUCCCCAGUGAGUUCGGAGAGAUGGACCGAUCCUCACUAAUACUGUCUGUGUUCCACAGGGAGUUGGAGAGAUGGACGAUCCUCCUAAUACCCGUCUGUGUGUCCACAGGAGUUCUGGAGAGAUGGACCGAUCCUCACUAAUACCUUGUCUGUGUGUCCACAGGGAGUUCUGGAGAGAUGGACCGAUCCUCACUAAUACCUGUCUGUGUGUCCACAGGGAGUUCUGGAGAGAUGGACCGAUCCUCACUAAUACCUGUCUGUGUGUCCACAGGGAGUUCUGGAGAGAUGGACCGAUCCUUACUAAUACCUGUCUGUGUGUCCACAGGGAGUUCUGGAGGGAUCUGUGAGAAGAGUAAACUGUACUCUGACGGGAAGAAGAAGUCCCUGAAUACCGGCAUCAUCACUGUUCAGAACUACGCCUCCCACGUCCCUCCUAAAGUCUCACACAUCACCUUCGCCCACGAGGUCGGACACAACUUUGGCUCGCCGGUGAGUUAGAUAACCUAGCCUGCUGAUGGGAGAUGCAUGGAAUACAGCGUUUAAUCCUGCCACAUCCUGACCUGCAGUGUUCUCUGUGUCUGUCUGUCUGUCUCUGUGUCUGUCUCUGUGUGUCUCUGUCUCUCUCUUUCUCUCUCUCUCUGUGUCUGUCUCUGUGUCUGUCUCUGUCUCUCUCUUUCUCUCUCUCUCUGUGUCUGUCUCUGUGUCUGUCUGUGUCUGUCUCUCUUUCUCUCUCUCUCUGUGUCUAUGUAUGUUUUAUUUGUAACCCAGUCAAUUCAAUGAAAUUCUAACUUCGCUCUUCCUUCGCUCGUUCCCCCCCCCCCCCCCCCCCCGCAGCAUGACUCGGGGUCAGAGUGCACCCCGGGAGAGUCUAAGAUCCAGGAUAAGAAGGAGAAGGGGAACUACAUCAUGUACGCCCGGGCCACGUCAGGAGACAAGCUCAACAACAACAAGUUCUCCAUCUGUAGCGUCAGGAACAUCAGCCAGGUCCUGGAGAAGAAGAGGGGAAGCUGCUUUGUCGGUACGUUUCCACUGGUGUCUAUGGCGUUGGUUUCAGAUUGGAGUGUACUAUGUAGGGGUUGUAGAAUUCCGUAAACGUUCCUUCAACCAGGAUUUCUGGAAAGCCAUGGAAUUUUGGGAACGUUUCUGAAAUUCUACACUGUAUUACAGAUCAAAUGUGUUAUUUUGAAUGUCAUUUCAUAACGUGUGUUUUCUUUCUGAACCCCCCCCCCCCCCCAUACAGAGUCUGGCCAGCCCAUCUGUGGUAAUGGGUUAGUGGAGCCAGGGGAGGAGUGUGACUGUGGAUACAGCGAUCAGUGCAGAGACCAGUGUUGCUACGACGCCGACCAGCCUGACAACAGGAAGUGUAAACUAAAACCCAACAAAGUCUGCAGGUAAGAUAAGAUGACAGGAAGAUAACCUGACAGGAAGUUAACCUGACAGGAAGAUAACCUGACAGGAAGAUAACCUGACAGAGUAGCUGUGGUCCAGGAAGUUAACCUGACAAAGUAGCUGUGGUCCAGGAAGAUAACCUGACAGAGUAGCUGUGGUCUAGGAAGUUAACCUGACAGAGUAGCUGUGGUCUAGGAAGUUAACCUGACAGAGUAGCUGUGGUCCAGGAAGUUAACCUGACAGAGUAGCUGUGGUCCAGGAAGUUAACCUGACAGAGUAGCUGUGGUCCAGGAAGUUAACCUGACAGAGUAGCUGUGGUCCAGGAAGUUAACCUGACAGAGUAGCUGUGGUCCAGGAAGUUAACCUGACAGAGUAGCUGUGGUCCAGGAAGUUAACCUGACAGAGUAGCUGUGGUGCAGGAAGUUAACCUGACAGAGUAGCUGUGGUCCAGGAAGUUAACCUGACAGAGUAGCUGUGGUCCAGGAAGUUAACCUGACAGAGUAGCUGUGGUCCAGGAAGUUAACCUGACAGAGUAGCUGUGGUGCAGGAAGUUAACCUGACAGAGUAGCUGUGGUCCAGGAAGUUAACCUGACAGAGUAGCUGUGGUCCAGGAAGAUAACCUGACAGAGUAGCUGUGGUCCAGGAAGUUAACCUGACAGAGUAGCUGUGGUCCAGGAAGUUAACCUGACAGAGUAGCUGUGGUCCAGGAAGUUAACCUGACAGAGUAGCUGUGGUCCAGGAAGAUAACCUGACAGAGUAGCUGUGGUCCAGGAAGAUAACCUGACAGAGUAGCUGUGGUCCAGGAAGUUAACCUGACAGAGUAGCUGUGGUCCAGGAAGUUAACCUGACAGAGUAGCUGUGGUCCAGGAAGAUAACCUGACAGAGUAGCUGUGGUCCAGGAAGUUAACCUGACAGAGUAGCUGUGGUCCAGGAAGUUAACCUGACAGAGUAGCUGUGGUCCAGUGUUAGGUUCUGUCUAACAGUGUCAAAAUGACGUGGAUUGAUGUGUGCCGAGGCCUAUUUCUGUCAUUUUGUUAUUUUGUGUCAGAAAGGGUGUAUUUGCCAUAAUACUCAUUGAAACCUUUCAUCACUCCCUCCAACAGUCCUAGCCAGGGCCCGUGCUGUACUCCUGAGUGCUUCUAUAAGGGCCGUAAUGAGAAGUGUCGUGAGGAGUCUGAGUGUGCCCACCAGGGCAUGUGUAACGGGGGUACGGCCCAGUGCCCCACCUCUGAACCCAAGGCCAACUUCACCGCCUGUCACGGAGAAACUCAAGUCUGCCUCAAUGGGGUGAGUGGGUACCUGUAGUGUGUAAACCUAUCGUCUAGUUCUGUACCAACGUAUUCCAGGCUCUUCAACUCCUCAACUCAGCCCAGAAUCUGCUCUGACCUGCGCUGUUUUUAUUUCUGGUAGAAUGGAAUGCUUCUCAUUUUCAUUGGGUAUGUUGUCUGCUAGGUUGAUCUGUGUCUUGUCCAAUCAGUCACCACGUAUGAAUUUUCCUCACAGGGAAAUAAAAGUUAUGUAUUUUCUUACUAGCACUGACUUUUGCUGAUAGCUACUUUAUUGAGAAAAAAAAUCUACUUACUCUGACUAGCUAAGCUAAAUGCACUAACUUUAAGUCGCUCUGGAUAAGUGUCUGCUAAAUGACUACGAUGUCAAAUGAUAGCUCAUCCCUUCCAUGUGUUCCUCCAGGGCUGCUCUGGCUCCAUCUGUGAGAAGUAUGGUCUGGAGGUCUGUACCUGUGCCAGCGUGGAGGGAAAGGACGAGACUGACGAGCUGUGCCACGUCUGCUGUAGUGACAAGAGUGAGUCCUGCUACAACACCUCACUGUCCUCUCCUGACAUUCACUUCCUGACGUUCACUUCCUGACGUUCACUUCCUGACGUUCACUUCCUGACAUUCACUUCCUGACAUUCACAUCCUCACUGUCCUCUCCUGAUAUUCACUUCCUGACAUUCACAUCCUCACUGUCCUCUCCUGACGUUCACUUCCUGACAUUCACAUCCUCACUGUCCUAUCCUGACGUUCACUUCCUGACAUUCACAUCCUCACUGUCCUCUCCUGACAUUCACUUCCUGACAUUCACUUCCUCACGGUCCUCUCCUGACAUUCACUUCCUGACGUUCACUUCCUGACAUUCACUUCCUGACAUUCACUUCCUGACAUUCACAUCCUCACUGUCCUCUCCUGACAUUCACUUCCUGACGUUCACUUCCUGACAUUCACUUCCUCACUGUCCUCUCCUGACGUUCACUUCCUGACGUUCACUUCCUGACAUUCACAUCCUCACUGUCCUCUCCUGACAUUCACAUCCUCACUGUCCUCUCCUGACAUUCACUUCCUGACAUUCACUUCCUGACAUUCACAUCCUCACUGUCCUCUCCUGACAUUCACUUCCUGACAUUCACAUCCUCACUGUCCUAUCCUGACAUUCACCUCCUGACAUUCACAUCCUCAGUCCUAUCCUGACAUUCACAUCCUCACUGUCCUAUCCCGACAUUCACUUCCCGACAUUCACUUCCUGACAUUCACAUCCUCAGUCCUAUCCUGACAUUCACAUCCUCAGUCCUAUCCUGACAUUCACUUCCUCACUGUCCUAUCCUGACAUUCACAUCCUCACUGUCCUAUCCUGACAUUCACUUCCUGACAUUCACAUCCUCAGUCCUAUCCUGACAUUCACUUCCUGACAUUCACAUCCUCAGUCCUAUCCUGACAUUCACUUCCUGACAUUCACAUCCUCAGUCCUAUCCUGACAUUCACUUCCUGACAUUCACAUCCUCAGUCCUAUCCUGACAUUCACAUCCUCACUGUCCUAUCCUGACAUUCACAUCCUCACUGUCCUAUCCUGACAUUCACAUCCUCACUGUCCUAUCCUGACAUUCACUUCCUGACAUUCACAUCCUCAGUCCUAUCCUGACAUUCACUUCCUGACAUUCACAUCCUCAGUCCUAUCCUGACAUUCACUUCCUGACAUUCACAUCCUCAGUCCUAUCCUGACAUUCACAUCCUCAGUCCUAUCCUGACAUUCACAUCAUCAGUCCUAUCCUGACAUUCACAUCCUGACAUUCACAUCCUCACUGUCCUAUCCUGACAUUCACAUCCUGACAUUCACAUCCUCAGUCCUAUCCUGACAUUCACAUCCUCACUGUCCUAUCCUGACAUUCACUUCCUGACAUUCACUUCCUGACAUUCACAUCCUCAGUCCUAUCCUGACAUUCACAUCCUCAGUCCUAUCCUGACAUUCACUUCCUGACAUUCACAUCCUCAGUCCUAUCCUGACAUUCACUUCCUGACAUUCACAUCCUCAGUCCUAUCCUGACAUUCACAUCCUCAGUCCUAUCCUGACAUUCACAUCAUCAGUCCUAUCCUGACAUUCACAUCAUCAGUCCUAUCCUGACAUUCACUUCCUGACAUUCACAUCCUCAGUCCUAUCCUGACAUUCACUUCCUGACAUUCACAUCCUCAGUCCUAUCCUGACAUUCACAUCCUCAGUCCUAUCCUGACAUUCACAUCAUCAGUCCUAUCCUGACAUUCACAUCCUCACUGUCCUAUCCUGACAUUCACAUCCUCACUGUCCUAUCCUGACAUUCACAUCCUCACUGUCCUAUCCUGACAUUCACUUCCUGACAUUCACAUCCUCAGUCCUAUCCUGACAUUCACAUCAUCAGUCCUAUCCUGACAUUCACUUCCUGACAUUCACAUCCUCAGUCCUAUCCUGACAUUCACUUCCUGACAUUCACAUCCUCAGUCCUAUCCUGACAUUCACAUCCUCAGUCCUAUCCUGACAUUCACAUCCUCAGUCCUAUCCUGACAUUCACAUCCUCACUGUCCUAUCCUGACAUUCACAUCCUCACUGUCCUAUCCUGACAUUCACAUCCUCACUGUCCUAUCCUGACAUUCACUUCCUGACAUUCACAUCCUCAGUCCUAUCCUGACAUUCACUUCCUGACAUUCACAUCCUCAGUCCUAUCCUGACAUUCACUUCCUGACAUUCACAUCCUCAGUCCUAUCCUGACAUUCACAUCCUCAGUCCUAUCCUGACAUUCACAUCAUCAGUCCUAUCCUGACAUUCACAUCCUGACAUUCACAUCCUCACUGUCCUAUCCUGACAUUCACAUCCUGACAUUCACAUCCUCAGUCCUAUCCUGACAUUCACAUCCUCACUGUCCUAUCCUGACAUUCACUUCCUGACAUUCACUUCCUGACAUUCACAUCCUCAGUCCUAUCCUGACAUUCACAUCCUCACUGUCCUAUCCUGACAUUCACUUCCUGACAUUCACUUCCUGACAUUCACAUCCUCAGUCCUAUCCUGACAUUCACAUCCUCAGUCCUAUCCUGACAUUCACAUCCUCACUGUCCUAUCCUGACAUUCACUUCCUGACAUUCACUUCCUGACAUUCACAUCAUCAGUCCUAUCCUGACAUUCACAUCAUCAGUCCUAUCCUGACAUUCACGUCGUUUUAAGACUUAUAUUGGAGAGGUAUUAUGUCCUUACCAGGUUUAGCUAAAUUCCAGAUGCAUUCCAAAAGUUCCUGGGUGUUUCAGAAAUCCCAGUUGGAGGAUUCCUUCAUGAUUUCUUGAAUCCAAUUCAGGAUUUCUGGGGGAAAAAAAAAAAAACAGGAAACUUUUCUGGAAUCGUUCAACCUUACUUGCCAGCUUGUAUGUCAAUGUUUAAAGCUAUUUGAGAUUCUUUAUGUAAUGAAUAUGAAUAGCGCUAGAAAAUAUGAAAUUAUUAUUGACUCCUGUGAUUUGUCUUUGUGUUGCAGUGAACCCCAACACCUGCAGCAGUACGGGCUCAGAGAAGCUGGCCCGGUUCUUCAAUAAGAAGGUCACCACGCUGCCCGCGGGGUCUCCCUGCAACGACUUCAAGGGCUACUGUGACGUGUUCAUGAAGUGUCGGCUGGUGGACGCUGACGGCCCCCUGGCCAGGCUGAAGAAGGCCAUCUUCAACCCUGAGCUCUAUGAGAACAUUGCAGAGUGGAUAGUGGUACGUAGCUUAUUGACUGACUCUUCGACCCUGAGCUCUAUGAGAACAUCUCAAUGGAUAGUGUGAUGUGUCGUUGCUGACUUGACUGUAUUUGAAUAUCAUAUCAUUUUCACACUACUGCGCUGGCCUGGUUUUGUAUACACCGAAUUGCUAGAAAAUAAAAUAUCAGCGCAGGCACAGUACUGGUCAGGUUGGCAUGAUGGUGUGAAAAGGGUAUUUGAGUGUUCAAAACUGACCAGUGGUUUUCAACCGAUGUAAAGCGGCACGCUGGUGUGCCCUUGGGGAACUCUCAUGUGUGCCGCGAAAAACGUAUCCUAAUCUUGAUUAAAAAAAUAAAUAAAUUUAACACUCACUUAUAAACGUGACCUGUGGGAAUGCACAUGAAAUGUUGACUUGGGAGCACCAGCUCAGAUAAUACAUUGAAUGUCAUCGGUUCCGUCUGUGUCGCUGUUUUCAAGUCCAGUGUGCUCAAGCUGUUGUUUAUAUUAGGACCGUAUCAUUCGAGGGGGCGCGCGUCACAAAGCAAAGUCAUUUGCACAAUUGUACUUUAGACUGUGAGAACCAUUAGCACAGGCAAGUCUGAACAGGCUUAGCUGUACCACAGCCUCCGCCAUAGUAACAAACAGAGCAUGGCUUUGUGUCCGUGGUUACCAUAGUAACAAACAGAGCAUGGCUUUGUGUCCGUGGUUACACCUUCACAAUGAAGAAAAAAAAAACUCUUGUCUCCUAGCUCAAUCCGUUCAAAACAAAAUAUAUAUAUUUUUACCAGAGCUACUUUCUGAUGCGGAUUCGCGGGAUGCUCUUAAAGGGGUACACACAAAUGAAUCAUCACGAGUAAGGAACUAUGGAAAUAGUUCAAAUAAACCCUAUUUAAUCUUUUUUUUUUUUUUUUUAAACGUUUGUCACAGAAAAUAGAUGAUUUGCAGUACGGAUCAGAUGAGACGGAGGUCAUUAAAAAACGAAAUAAAUUAUUAGGAAAAGUUUGUGUGCCGCAGAAAUGUUUAUCCAAUCAAGGUGUGCCACGGUUGAUAAAAAAGGUUGGGAACCACUACAGUAGAUGUCACGAUAUACCCUUGAAUGUAUUUUUGUGUGAAUAUGUGUUUUCCAUUGUCUUAAUUCCAGGCUCACUGGUGGGCAGUGCUGUUGAUGGGCAUCGCUCUGAUCAUGUUGAUGGCUGGCUUCAUUAAGAUCUGCAGUGUCCACACCCCCUCCAGUAACCCCAAGCUGCCCCCACCCAAACCACUACCAGGUGAGUCUCCACACCCCCUCCAGUAACCCCAAGCUGCCCCCACCCAAACCACUACCAGGUGAGUCUCCACACCCCCUCCAGUAACCCCAAGCUGCCCCCACCCAAACCACUACCAGGUGAGUGUCCACACCCCCUCCAGUAACCCCAAGCUGCCCCCACCCAAACCACUACCAGGUGAGUGUCCACACCCCCUCCAGUAACCCCAAGCUGCCCCCACCCAAACCACUACCAGGUGAGUGUCCACACCCCCUCCAGUAACCCCAAGCUGCCCCCACCCAAACCACUACCAGGUGAGUGUCCACACCCCCUCCAGUAACCCCAAGCUGCCCCCACCCAAACCACUACCAGGUGAGUGUCCACACCCCCUCCAGUAACCCCAAGCUGCCCCCCACCCAAACCACUACCAGGUGAGUGUCCACACCCCCUCCAGUAACCCCAAGCUGCCCCCACCCAAACCACUACCAGGUGAGUGUCCACACCCCCUCCAGUAACCCCAAGCUGCCCCCACCCAAACCACUACCAGGUGAGUGUCCACACCCCCUCCAGUAACCCCAAGCUGCCCCCACCCAAACCACUACCAGGUGAGUCUCCACACCCCCUCCAGUAACCCCAAGCUGCCCCCACCCAAACCACUACCAGGUGAGUGCCAGUAGUCACACCCAGCUCUCCCACACAAACCGCCAGAGAUAUGAGCCAUCUUCUCAACGGUCUUAUCGGCUACUUAGUAUUGUUUUUCUCUGCGGUAGUUUUGUGGGGGUGCGCUACAAAAUCUUCAAAACGAUGGAGUUGUAAAAAAAAAUGUUACGUUUGGGAACUGGAGCAGACGAGACAAAUAAGAGCUGGCGAUUGAAGAGAGUUGAUAGCUUGUGAACUAAUCCGUCUCCCUCCCUCAACCCCAGGUACGCUAAAGAGGAGGAGAGCCCAGCAGCACGCCCGGGAGGCCAGGGACGCCCAGGUGCACCAGUCCCAGCCCCACCACGGAGGUGUCGGUCACGGCCAGCACCACCCAGUCUCUGGAGGCCAGCGGCAGCAGCCCUCACGCCAGCCCCAGCCCCAGAGGCACCACCGCAGCCAGGGCCAGCCCAGGGAAAACUACCAGAUGGGCCAGAUGAGACGAUGA